CCCGAGUACAUCCUCGCGACAAGUGACGAUGACCGCGGUAAUGUCUUUCGCCACAUCGACGAGGGCGACGCUCGGUGCUGACGUCGCCGCGUCUCGUCGAAGCGGCCGACGCGUCGCCCGCCGUUCGUUGAUUGGAGGAGCCUCCGGGACUACUGGCACCGCCGAUGACAAGGUCAAGCCCGACUGGGCCGGCGACGACCUCCUGUCCAAGGUGGUGGACGCGGCCAUCUCCAACAAAGUUCUGUACGAGGGGAUCAUGAAGCCCAUGGCCAGGCGCACGCUGAUCAACACCGCGGAGAAGAACGGCGUGGCGUGGAGGGACAUCGCCGAGGAGCUGGGCAACGAGCCCGCGGUGAAGCAGGCGUUUGACGAGAUCGAGAACAAGAGUGUGGAGUACCCGGAGUACUAUCUCCAGCCCUUCCACGCGUACGCAGAGGGUAACCUGUGCUGGCAGGCGGCUGUCGAGGCUGAACCUGCGACGUACUCCAUGGCCCUGAGGGUAUGGCCGAAGGAUCGCAUCACCGCAGACGCGGCGCAGAAGAGGUUGAGGGACUCGUACACAGGUGCGCUCAGGGCGCACGUAGACGAAUACUACGGUAAGGAGCCCGAUACGAUCGUGGACGUCGGUUGCUCGGUGGGUAUCAGCACCAGGUACAUCUCGGACGCGUUCCCGAACUCCAAGAUGGUCGGGCUCGACCUCUCCCCGUACAUGCUCGCGGUGGCGAAGCACAGGGACGAGGGUGAGCCGGGGAGCGAGCGCAGGACUUGGGUACACGGAAAAGGGGAGGACACGAAGAUGGCGGACAACUCCGUCGACAUCGUGUCCCUGGCUUUCGUGAUCCACGAGUGCCCGGAGUACGCGACGAGGGCGCUGAUGACGGAGGCGGCGAGGAUCCUCAAGCCCGGCGGCGUUUUCGUGAUGACCGACAACAACCCAAAGUCUCCGGUGAUCCAGAACCUGCCACCGGCGCUGUUCACGCUGAUGAAGUCCACUGAGCCUCACUCCAACGAAUACUACACGAUAGAUAUCGAGGGGAUGCUGAGGGAGUGCGGAUUCGAGCACGUUCACACCGAAAACACCGACCCGAGGCACCGCACUGUGCUCGGUAGCCUCAAGAAGUAGAGUCAUUUUUUGCAAUGUAAACCAACUCAUCGAUAC